AUGGCGCCUUUCGCACUCUUCACCCAUCGCAGCUUUCGACGCGGUACAUCAAGUCAAUCAACUCCGGCGUCAGAACCUGCCACUGCUCAGCAGAAGACCGCCAUGGGUGGCAUGUCCUCCAAGGCUGCUUCAAGCGUCAAUGAGGUACCGCACAAGAAAUUGAGACCUCGCUCGUCGUCCAUGAACCUUCUCAAGCGCAAUCGCACUCCAUCUGCAAACACUACCGUGCGAACCUUGACCGUCACCCAGCCUUCGACCAGUGCAGAUACGACGACCAUUGAAGUCUCCGAGUCAGAAGCAGAUUAUACCAGGAUAUCUCUUGCUCGCCGCUCAGACUCACAGUCAACCGUCAAAACGCUCAGCGAUUCUGUACACUCGAGUCGAUUUGAUCCCAUCAAGGAUACCAGCUUCGAGUCGGAUGCUAGCUCAACAAGAACGGCUACUCGUGUGUCUCCUCCAUCCAAUGAAGUCGUUGUCUUUGGGGCAGACGAAGAAACUAGUGGCAUGAGCACCCCCGUACAACAUCGCCCAUCAAAAACACCUCAGAUCCAGCUGCCUACUCCUCCAUUCUUGACUGAAGACAGCCCUACCAAAUAUGGCUUACGCGUUACACACUCUCCCUCUCCUGAUCUCUACAUGGCGUCCGCGCAAAGACAGAAGAUGACCGGUGCUGGCCUCUUCGUGCAUGCCACUACUCAGCAAAGGUCUGCGACCUUGACACUGCCAGUUGACCAAGCAAAUCCCGGCGCCAAAGACUCUAUACUUGCUCAAAUUUCGCCCGCUCUGCCAUUGUCAGACAAGACAAAUCACCCACCUGAUCAUUCAGCUUCGCUGCCCAAAUUACCGCACACUCAUAACCAUCCUUUCAAGGACGCACCUCAGGAGCACGUCGCACAUGCCCUUCCGCUACGAACUUCACAAAAGACAUGCUAUCGCGAACAUGACAUCUGGCAGCGUAUGGGCUCCAAUUACAAGCACCCUGUCGCUUGUGCCAUCUGCGACGGAUACGAGCCUCCUGGUGACGACUUUAUGACCUGUUUAUGGUGUGAGAUUCAUGUCUGUGGACGCUGCUACGCGGCAUUCGUGGCCAAUGGGGUGACGGCUAUGAUGGCCAGGCAGCAAAAGAGGUGA